AUGUAUCAAGGGCGAGCAGAGCAUCUAGCAACAAGCAACAAGCAACACCACGACUCUACCGGAGAGUGCUCGACAGUUUCAUGGAGCAAGCAAGCAACAAUCGUGGCGACAAACAUGUUCAGGCUCCUCAGCCGGCAAGCGUUCAAGGCUGUUCCCAGACCCAGACCCAGACCCGGUCUUUGUCUCUCCAACGGCACCACAUCACGCUAUGUCCAUAGCAUGCAAGCCCCGUACGACGGGCUUCCGAGUUACGAUACGAUCGCUCGACGGUUCUCUUCUUCGCAGGUCGAUCCACAGGUCUUUUUCACUCGCAAGCGUCAGCAAGAGGCUCAAGAGCGCGGCGAAUUUAUCGACAUCCACGACAUCGGCAUAGAUCCAAAUGAUUAUGAUGUGUUGAUCACAGAUGUGAAGCACGAAACACUGGAAACCACAGUUGCGGAGGAACUGGGUAUACCAUACCUCUCGAAGGCUACGGAGGCUGAUGCCAAAGAGGUGGUUCAGGUGGGUAAUGGUUAUAUCUAUGGCCGGAAGUUUAGUGCGAUCAUUCCAUUUGUUGUCUCUCAUGGAGAUGAGUCUCGUUGGGUAUUCUUCAUAAUGGACAGUGGUGCCCCAUUGACCUAUCUUUCAGCUGAGGCGAGUAAAAUUCUUGGUGUCGUGGAAGACCGAGCAACUCCUGUCACGAUCGGUGGGCAUCCUAAGGAAGUUUAUAUGUCGCCACGGAACUCUCACUUUACCGAUAUCAACCUUCUGGGUACCGACUUUUGUAGUGCACACAACACCAACUUGUGGUUCGACUUUCAGAGGAGACGGAUGAAAAUGUACUUCGGUAAAAAGUGGAAGGUGGUGGAAGAGUCUAAGCUGUAG